AUGUCGACAGCACCGUUUCCCAGGACCGUCAAGGCGUCCUUCUGGCGCGGUGGCACGUCCAAAGGCGUCUUUCUCAACAUUUCUGAUUUGCCGAAAUGGUUUCAGGUGGCUCUGUCAACAGAUACACCACCCGAGGCAGCAACGUUCAAGAAGAUGGAGCUAUUCUUCGCAGCAGUCAUGGGCUCGCCCGAUCCAUAUGGCAGGCAGCUCAAUGGCAUGGGUGGUGGCAUCUCCUCACUAAGCAAAGCCAUGGUUGUUGGUCCAUCGUCGCGACCCGAUGCCGACGUCGACUAUACCUUCUUUCAGAUUGGCGUCAAGGACGGUAAGUUGGAUAUGGCUGGUAACUGCGGCAAUCUGACUUCGGUGGUUGGUCCCUUUGCGUUAAAUUCUGGAAUCUACCACAGCAAACCAGCACAGAAUGGUCAAGGGAUUGCAGAAGGGGAGAGCGCAACUCUGACGAUGAGAAUGAGAAACACGAAUACAGCAAAAGUCAUUGAGUCUACGUUUGAUACCACCACGUACGAUGGUAAACGGGAAUAUCAAGAGCUCGGCAAAUGCAGCAUGGACGGAGUUCCUGGGACAGGUUCCACGAUCACGCUCUCAUUCCUUCGGCCACAAGGUGCAAAAACUGGCAAAGCUCUACCCACUGGCCGACCAAUUGACAGGAUUGAGAUCGGAGACCAGAUAAUUCGAGUAUCCCUGAUCGAUGUCAGCAAUCCUGGAGUUUUCGUUGAUGGCAGAGACAUUGGAUGGAAGGUGGAUGCGACACCAGACCAACUGAAUUCCAACCCAGAGCUCCUUGAAAAACUAGAAGCCAUCCGCAAACGGGGCACCGAAAUGAUGGGCUUAGACCCCAAUAUCAGCAGCAUACCCAAGAUCGUUUUGUUGUUCCCUGCGAGAAGCGACGGCCUGGAUAUCUCAUGCCAGGCUCUUUCGAUGGAACAGGCACACAAGGCAGUACCCGUCACCCUGGCUCUCAAUCUCGGAGUCGCAUGUAAAAUGGAGGGCACACUGCCACAUGCGCUGUCAAAACACCUCCACCCUUCGAACACCACCAUUGGCCAUCCGUCAGGCACUCUGGAGGUCGGUGCAGCCAUGGAGGAUGGCGAAAUCAUUGGUGCGAAAUUGAUCAGGACCGCCCGAUGCCAUAUGGACGGCUAUGUGAAUACUCUACGAUCCGGGCAUGACGGCCUUGGUUGCUGA